CGAGGAUCCAAAAUGGCGGCUCCUCAUUCUCCGAGAUAAAUUUACACUUUUUGAAGGUGUAGUUAUAAAUACUCAUGACGUAAUUUUUAUCAUCUAUGCAAACAUGAGGGCAAGGUUGCCGUGUGGAUUAUUGGGAUGCAUACGAGGCAUGGCUCUUUACCGAAGUUCUGGUUAUAUUGGAGGAAAAUGGAAAGAUUGCGAGACCAAGUUUCCAGUUUACAAUCCUGCGACGGGUCAAGAGAUUGGGAGAGUGUCUGAUAUGGGGAGAGAAGAUGCGGAAGAGGCUGUGAAACAGGCGUAUGAUGCAUUUAAAGUCUGGAAAAACGUGACAACAAAGGUAUGAUGGGUAAAAACUUUUGUUUCAAUCAGCGGAAGUGCAUUCAUGUCGCGCAAAUUAUUUUAGAAGUUGCUUUUUCUAGUCGCGAUCAGAUGUUCGAAAAUGGAGUGAUUAUCCAUUUGCCGUUAUAAUUAACUAAUAAUUGAUGAGGUAAUCGCGUGCUUUGCACUAUUUUUAUACUGCACAAUACGUGGUUCAAAGAAAGUCGACAAAACAGCUUUGGAAUAAAGAUAUGGAAACUUAACACGUUCUAUUAUUUUCCUUUAUUUUCGGCACGCGAACGCUUAAAAUUAAAUCUUGAUUUAUAAGAUGUUGCUUUUAAUGACGUUUAAGCCCCGAAAUCACACAUAGUACGCUUGGGCCGCCUGUGGUAUGAAUCAAGGCUUGCACUGCUUUCAAAAUGAAACGUGCACAAAGUAAUCAGGCCACAGAGCUAUGCGAAUACCAAAUGUUUUCCCGAUAAUACUUACAAGCCAGAUCGUGUGAAAGUUGCUGCAUGUCCUUGGUCAGCCCUUUUCUGAAUUUCUCCACUUCCUCCUUGCCAUCCACAAAUUCUUCAGGCUACAUGGCAAUGUAAAAAUGAAAAAUUUUCUCCUAAUUUAUUAACGAAAUAAAUUGACUGAAAGUUACUGUUCCUCCUCUCCGUUGAAAGUUCUAUCCUCCUUAUAUAAUAUUAUAUAUAAGACAUGGUGGCAUAGCAAACUUCUAUGCAAUCUCAACAGUGCUUAGUAUGUCUGUAAUCAAUUUGUGAUAAUGCAUGAAUUGGAAGUAUAUGUUGUUUAAUAGAAAAAAGGCCACAAUGCAUUAUUUUGCAAGGUGCGAUCUUGGUGUAUCAAUGGUGAUUUGUUAAAAUAUCAUGAGACUGGAUUGUAUCAGGGAUAUUUCCUGUGCCAAGAAUUGUGGGUUGAGGGAGCAGGAAGACUGUGACUCUAAAUUUUUAUUUUGGGAAGCUGUGACUCCUGUACCCUUUCUGUUCUGUUAACAAUGUAAUGUCUAUUUCUUAAUUUUUGUUUUGUUUUAAGGAGCGAAGUCAGAAACUACGUAACUGGUAUGACCUUAUUGUGAAGCAUGAGGGAGAUUUGGCUGAAAUGUUAACAUCAGAACAAGGGAAGCCAUUGUUUGAAGCUAAGGGUGAAAUCAAGUAUGGUGCUUCAUAUGUUGAAUGGUUUGCCGAGGAGGCCAAGAGGAUAUAUGGUGAUAUCAUUCCUUCACCUGCUUCUUCACGAAGAUUGUUUUCUGUGAAACAACCUGUUGGUGUUGCUGCUCUUUGGACUCCGGUAAUAAGCAUAUCUGUACUGUCAUACUGAAUUAACUCUUAACUCUUACUCAAUGUGAACUCCAAAAUUUAUACCUGAAAAGCUUGACAGACUACUUAAAUUUUACAUCAGUCAACAAAAUCCUUUUAGGAUUACUCCACUCCUAACUUGGCAUCCAUCCUAUCUGCUAAAUCAAAGAAAACUAAAUGGUUAAAUUAAAAAUAAAAAAAAUAAAAAAAAUUGAUAAAUGCACAUUAAACUCUUGCCAGCAGGUGAUGGCUAACAUCAAACAAAGGAAAACCCCUGAAGAGAGUCAAAAGUAACUUCAAAUAUGCAGUUGUACCAGAAAUAGGGAUAGUUUCUGUGCUCUAUAAUUUUUUUCUCCAAAAGACAUGAAAUCCAUUAAAUAUAUCAGCAGGUUACAGUAACCUGCUGGCAGGGUUGGUCAUAGUGUUUUGUUCUUGUCCACAUAGUGGGUCUCUUUGGGUGCACUGUCCCCUCUUAAUGCCCCAGGUAGUGAUUAAUUAUGAGAGGAGGCAAGUAUGCAGGCAAAACUAGCCUGCAGUGCAGGUGUCUUAAUAUGGUGAAUUAAUGUUAAGAAGCUCACGAUUGUUUAUUCAACUGGCCAUGUUUUAUUUGGAGAUAAAGGCAGUGGUGAGGGGAGGGGACAGGGAAAAGCAAAAUAUUCAGUCUCUCACCCCUCUCCUUAUUUUUCACUGUUGCUUACCCCCAUGGUAAUAAUUUCUUUCUCUCCUCAUCCAUCCACUGCCAUUAGAAUCAAAGAUAGUGUUGAUAGUUGUUGUUAGGAAAAUACUGAGCAUUCGCAUGCCAAAAUUUCACCUGCUCUGCAGGCUAAGGCAAAACCAGAGCCAUCACUAUAGGGAGAUAGAAGGGUUGUCAAAUGUACAUGGUGUCUAUUUAUGCCAAAAAGAAAUAAAUAGGAUAAAAUGAACCCAUAUAAACCAAAACAGAGAGGAAUCAUGAAGAGAAAUCUCCCCUGUGGAUAAGCAAGUGCACAGAAACUUUAAACUUAAAUUACAAGAGAAUUUGGGGCCAUAUGUAAUUGAUAGCCAGCAGUUAGAAUGAUGUUCCACUGUCUGUCACUUUCUCAAGCAGAAUGUUGUACAGCUUUGCACUAACAAAAUAAUGCAUCUUCAUUUGACAGUGGAAUUUUCCUGUUGCCAUGAUCACACGAAAGGCUGCUGCAGUACUGGCUGCGGGAUGCACAGUAAUAAUUAAACCAUCAGAAGAAACUCCUUACUGUGCCUUGGCUCUACAGAAGGUACAAAUAUUAACUUUUUCUCUAAAUUACACUUUGGUUCCUUUAAGUCAAACACUGUUUCAUACUUUCUCUUUUAUGGGAACUCCACUUAACCCUAUAACCCCUAAGAGUGACUAGCAUCUAAUUUCUCCUUACAAUAUCAGCCCUGAAUCAAACAUUCAGGUAAGGAGAAUAAAGGAGAUGGUCACCAACCAGAGAAGCUCUGGGCCCGGUUGUUCAAAAGAGGGUUAAGUCUUAACCUAGGGUUAAGUCAACCUAACCUCAGGGUAAAAUUUUAGUCGCGUUGUUCGAAAGAAGGUUUACACUAACCUCGGGUUAAACAGCGGGUUAAAUUUAACCCACCGCGCGAGCAGGGUUAAAUAACUAACCUCCGGUUAAAUAAAGAAUAAAAAUGGCGAACUUGUUGUUUUGUGAUUUACGUCGUCGGCGAAGGGCAAGGAAAUUCAGAACCGGCACUCAAUUCGAAAUCGACGAUUUCACAGACGAAGAGCUGCGUGCACGUUAUCGCUUUAAAAGAGAGUCCAUUUUAUUUAUUACAAAUCUUGUUGCCGAUGAUAUAACUCGCAACACUCGACGAAAUCACGCCUUAUCACCGCUCCACCAAGUUUUAAUUGCCCUCCGGUUUUAUGCCAGUGGAGGUUUCCUUCAAGUUAUAGGCGACACCUUCGGUGUGGAUAAGUCCACCGUUUCCCGUGCCAUUACUGGUGUGUCCCGAGCUCUAGCGGCAAAACAGCCCCGCUUUAUCAAGUGGCCUUUGACACAUGACGAAUGUGCAAAAAUUAAAAACGAAUUUUAUAUUCGCGGAGGAUUUCCUGGCGUUGUUGGAUGUGUGGACGGAACUCACGUGAGAUUACAAGCACCUACACAGAAUGAAAACAACUAUGUCAACAGAAAAGGUUUUCAUUCCAUCAAUGUACAAGCUGUCUGCAACCAUGAAGGUGAGUAGACUUUUCGCUAUAGCAAAACUUCUCAAAGAAAAUAAAAAUGUAGACAUCUAGGAUAAAAUUCAUACACGAACCAAAACAUUUGAGGAGGACCGAGCUUUAACCUCAACAAAAAUAUUGUUUGAUUUGAAGGCAUGUUUACCAAUGUUGUUGCCCGCUGGCCAGGAAGUACUCACGAUAGCCACGUCUUUCGGACCAGUAACAUUUGCAGUUAUUUGCAAAAUAACCAUCGCUCCCUCGAUGAUGGCGUUCUUCUCGGGGACAGUGGGUACGCCUGCAGUCCAUUCUUAAUGACACCGUUUGCAACAACAAGAACUCAAUCCCAAGAAGCCUACAAUAGUGCGCACACAAAAACGAGAGUGGUGAUUGAGCAAACGUUCGGCCGAUGGAAAAGGCGAUUUCAUGUGUUGCAUGCAGAAAUUAGAAUGGCACCUGAAAAGGUUUGCAUGAUUGUGGGUGCUUGUGCAGUGUUGCACAACAUCGCUUUGCUGUUACACGAGCCUAUGGAGGAUGAAGAGGUAGAAGAGCUGGCAGAUGUGGAUCCCUACCAUGGACCACAACAGGGUCUGUCAAUAAGGGACCACAUCUGUCAAACAUUUUUUGGUUGACAUUUUUAACAUGUGUGCUGUCUUGACUUUCUGUGAUCCUUAGUCAUGUAAAUUAUUUAUAGGUGAUGAGUUGAUUUCAAUUGUAAUUUGGUGUAAAUAGGCACUUGUAAAUUUUUGUAAAAUAUUUUUUUUCAAAGACUCCAAAUUGCAUUUGCCCAUUUUGUUGUCAUUAAAAAUUUACUCUGUAACAUAAUUACAAAUGCAAUUUGGUGUAAGUAAACACUUGUAUUUAUUUCAAAGACCACAAAUUGCACACGCUCUACAGGCAUGUGGAAUUUUGGUGUCUUUGAAAAAUCUACUCAUCCUUUUUGACACCAAAAUGCAAUUGCAAUCAUGUUAUUACCCAGCUAAACUAAAUAUGGAGGUUUUUAAGGGAAAUAGUUCAGUUUUGCAAGCAAAUGGCUCAGAGUAAAGGUCUACGUUUUAAAGCUUGGUCAAUGUGUAGAAAGUCAGGGUGGCUGACAAAAAAAUUUGGUGGGGCAUUUGAACACAACUUUUUGCAAAACUUCCUCAAAUAAAUUGUGGGUUCUUUAUUUGUAUAUUAAUUGUUACUUCACUGGUAUUGUGUAUAAUUGUACUAAUAUGCUAUUGCAGAAUAUUGAUCAAGGCAAUGUACAAUAAUGUAUAAUGCACUGCAUUUCACCCUCCCCCCCCAAUGCUGAUGGAAAUAGUUCUAGGAUGGUGAAAGAUGUUGACACAUUUUCACUUUUUCCCCUCCUACCCCCCAUCAAUUACACAAGACACUUUUUAUGCUGUUAGCACUUUGUAUUUUACUACUUUCCAACUUGCAUGGGGUCAUGGAAACCUGUCUUAUCUUAUAGAAAAGGAAUAAUUAUACUACACAUGGUCUAAUGUAAACACCUUAUUUGAUGGUUUACAAUGGUAAUUGAACUGAGUGAAAUCAUUGGAGUAUUGUGUAUGAUUGUGCAAGAUGAAAAUUGAUGGGAGUGUUGAAAAGAAGCAACCCCUUUCUAGCUUGCUAGUAUGUGGGCUGUUAAUGUCCUUGGCUGAGAGAUUGUCCUUAGAAUUUCAAAUUUUCUUUGGAAGCUUUACUAAUUCUCAGCCAAAUAUCAAUUUUUUGGACACUCUCAGACGCUGAAGUUAUCAGUAGACAUACCAGCGAGCCAGAAAGGAUUUAAUGUACUAAAUAACCUGAAAUUUAUUUCAGUGGCUCCUAUAUGUUUUUGCAUUCACCUUUCACAAAUGAUCACUGCUAUUGGUACAUACUGCAGUAGUGAAAAAAAAAAAAAGGUUGCAGUCUCUUUCAUUCAAUAAAUUUUGCUUAUUGCCUGUAAAUUUUUAUGACACUGAUGCCCUAAUAUUGCCAUAGUGGCAAACGUUGUAAGGAAGAUACAUGGGUUGAACUCAAAUCAAAGUAAAUGAUUAUUUAAGAAAAUUAUUUGCACAAGUUGUUGAAUAAAUAUACUUUUAUUUUGUAUUUCAAUCUGGGUGCUUGUCCUGAUAAAAUGUUAUACAAUCAGACAUAUAAAUAAUAAAAAAGUAAAUAAAUUUCUUUACUUGCCCAUAACACAUUAUAUCUUUGAUUAUAUAAAACAUGGGUAUUCUCCAUUUUAUACAAAUUUUAUGUGAUUACAACUUUAUUCACAUAUCCAUAACAUAACUUACAACUUGAAUCAUGCUUAAAUUCUCCAUUUUAUACAUUCAUGGACUUAAAUUUAUAGACACAGUAGGUAUAGAACAUGAUCUUUGUUCCAAAAGGAACACUUCCAACUCCAAUUUCUCUUUUUUUAGCUUAAGAUUUUCCUGCUUUAGAAUUAAUGCUUUGUACUGGGCCUCGAGAACGUCGUCUUGUGUUCUUUUUUUUUACUUUUUUUUUUUAUGAUGAUUUUCUUCUUUCGGUGUAUUGACCACUUCAUCAUCGAUUUCGUGGGUGUUGGCUUCAUCUUGCUGCACAGCUUCUUGGAGUUCUUUAAACAGGUCUUCAUUCACCUCAAUUGUUUCCAAUUGAGCAGCUACUUCCGUAGGCUGGUUUGCUUCAGGGCCUUAAAAAAACAUCCCACAUAUAACGGUAAAAAAAAAGUGACCUCUUGUUUAAAAUUACUUGUCAUCAGUUCAAAGGUUCAAAGUAAAUCAUGACCGAAAUGACUGAUCUAAAUUCACUGAAAGUACUGGCUGUUCAGUUCAAGACAGGUCUCUUUCUAGGAAACUUUGAGGGAGUCUUGAAGAAAUGGUAAGUCUAAAAGCUUUUACUCAAAGCUUCUGCAGUUUUAGGAAUAUUUGUUAUUUUUUUGUGCUCGCCGUGGGUUGCGUGACAAAUAGUGUAACAAAUAUGAUAAUCAAAGCUAAUAAAGAAAGUGACUUCUGAAGCUGUCGUUCAUGUAGCGGAAAUUAUGAACCGAAAAUUUGUCUUGUUUCCUGUAAACAAUGAAAUAACUUAUGCAUUCUUAAGGUAAUAAGAAGUUCAAGUUUUAAACAACAGUGGAUGUUAAUUCUCACCUUUCGACUCGAAACCCUCGAGGCCGGUGAAUGAUGGGGUUUCUUUGAAAAGGUCAAUGAUUUUAGCAGUUGCCGCCGACGGCAUCUUCGGAGCUUCACCUCCUCCAGUUUUUUUUCUGCUCUUUGGCCAGUUCUGUGAACUCUUUUUUUUGGCCUGUGCGUGUAGAUUUUUCCAUUUUUCUCUGACCUCGGUAGUCGUCCUCCGAGCAACUCCUACGGCGUUGACAGCAUCCGCGAUUUUACACCAUAUUUCAUUUUUUUUUUGGUUUGUGACGCUGUUCGUAAGUUUACUUUGUAUAAUGGAAAGGUUUUCCUCUACUUUUUCCGUUAAGGUGGCUAUUUCGGACGCGCUGAAAUUUUGUUUACGGGCUUUGCGUGAGAUCGCAGGGGAAGCCAUUCUUCAGCUCGCAACUUGCUCACCAUAGCAACAAUUUACGAAAAGAAUAUUAUGGGUUGCUAACCUCAGGUUAGCCGCGUCUAACACGAGGUUAACUAACCGGCUCUUUAACCGCGCUUUGAGAAACGCUAUUUUAACCCUGUGUUAACAAACCUGCGGUUAAGAAAUUUAACCCGCGGUUAGCCCUAACCUCAGGUUUAGUUUAACCCUCUUUCGAACAACCGGGCCCUGGAUUAUGAAACAAAUUCUCCUCAUCAGCACCUUAGGGAAUGUAUAGGGAACAGUAUGGAGAAUUUGCAUACUGGUGUUAAGGUGGAAAGGGUUAAAUUUGCAGGAUGACUGAAACCACUUUCCAGGCUCCAAGUUUGACAAAUCCUUUUGUUUACUUUUUCUGAUAAGUGACAAUCAACAAGAAUGUACAAACUCCUUGCAUUAGUCAGACUUCACAAAGAUCCGCUUUAACCCACUGUAAGGAUUAAAGCAGUACUCCUGAGAUCUAUCACCAAAAAAGGAAUUCUCCCAUAUAGCCAGAGUUCUCCCUUAUUUUAAGCAUGACAGGUAAAAUAAAUUUUCAAACCGGUAAAGCAAUCCUUUUACCUGUUGGAUUUUCAAGAAUUCCAAGCAAUUUUACACUGUAUAGCUACAAUGUAAAAAUUUCUUCAUAGAAUAUUUAACCCUUAAAACCAUAAGAGUGACUAGAAUGUAAUUUCUCCUUACAAUAUCACCCCUUAAUGGAAUAUUAAGGUCAUGAGAAUGACACAAAUGAUCAUUUCCUUGAGAAGCUCUUGAUUGUUAGACAAGUUCUCUAUGUUGCUCCCGUGGGGUUCUGGCCCAGAGGCUGUAACCCGAGGAGGCACUAUAGAAUCCCCUGCACAUAGGGAGAAAUAAGAAAUAAUGUAUUAUAGAUAGAAUAGGUGGAAAAAAUCUUGUUUUGUCCUUAAAGUGGUAAACAGAAUGGGCCUGUUGUAGGUCCUUUUCAUGCGGCAUGUGUUGACAUCAAAUCAAUCAGCCAAAGACUUAAUGUCACAGCUUGUGUUCCACAUCAGAUGGUUAGCAACUGAAACAAUUCACAAUAGUGUUUUGGUUGAACCUGAAUUCAAAUUUCUUUUUUAGUUGUCCGACAAUGCUUCAUAUAAACUCUAAGUAGAAGUUUUAAGAUAAAAAUUUGAGUGUUAAAAAAGGCAGUGGGGAAGUUUUAGUGACACUUAUUACUAGUGAGCACCUUAGGAAAUGCAUAGAGUGUAGGAUGGAGAAUUUGCAUACUGAUGCUAGGGUGUCAAAGGUUGAUAACAAGAUGUUAUGUGUCAAUUUCUUCUGAGAUUUAAGGGGUUAAUAAUUUUUUAUUCUCAGCUGGCCGAAGAUGCAGGUUUUCCCCCUGGGGUGGUCAAUACAAUUCCUUGUUCCCGAGACAAUGUGAAUCAGGUCACAGAUGCACUUCUUGGUAAUGACAUUGUGGCAAAAAUGUCAUUUACCGGCUCUACUGCAACUGGAAAGGUAUAAUAACGCAGCUUAACUCUACAAGAUCUUGCACUUUUUUGAGAAAAUGAGACUGUGGGCUGGUUCAGUUCUGAAGAGGCUUUUGACACCAGAACCAGAUUUUGAGGAAAAUGUUAUGAUUGUCUUUAAAUCGGCAUCUUUUCCAUUUACACAGGCAUUAGGGAUGAGGUUUUAUUCCCUUGUCUGUGUUAAAGAGAAUUUCCCCGCACAGCUUAUCCCCAUUCUCUUGCCAUUCUCUUGCCAUUCUGUUGCAUAGCUCUUUUUCAAACUUUUCCUCCUCUGACCUAUGAAGAUGUCUCUCAUUCUUUGAAUAUUCCUUGACCUUCUAGGCAGUAGGUUGGAUCAAUUUUUUAUCAUGAUUUUUCAAGCAGCUGGAAUAAAUUUAGAUUUGUUACCAUCACAAGAUAUAUGUGAUAUUUUUCAUCAAACAGCUUCUCAUGUCAAAGUGUAUCGAUCCAAUCAAGAGGGUCUCUCUGGAGCUGGGGGGAAAUGCACCAUUCAUUGUAUUUGAUUCAGCUGAUGUUGAUGCAGCUGUCGCAGGAGCACUGGGUGCUAAGUUCAGACAUACUGCACAGGUAAUACACCUCAUUUCUCACAGCAAUUAUGAAAAGGCAGUGUGGCUGUGUGGUUGGGGCACUGGUCUUGUAAUCUGGUUGUCCCAGGUUCAAGCCUUCCACCCUGCUCAGUUGUCACAAGUUCAACUCCUUGGCUGUACUAUGUGUAUAGUCAACUGAUCUGCCUUCUGCUAGUUGCCACUCCCAAUGUGGUAUUAUUAAUUCUCUGCUCAGGCUGUGACACAUUUCUUUGUAAGUAAGUUGCAAGAAUUUGCUGUUCAAUCUAAAUAACAACUACCUGAUAAGCUUGAGGUUUCUUAUCACCUGUUUGCUGAAUUAAGUAUGAAUGUUCUAGGGAGAAGUUACCUGCUAAUCACUUUUGGAAGUGAAAGGGUUAAACACUGUUUAUUCAUACUAUUUCAAUUUGUUACUAUUGGCCUGAAAAGGCCCAUAGGGGGAGUGGUCAGUUGAGUAUGCAUACAUACUGGUACAUUCAUAUGUAUUCACACAUGAUAAUAUACAUAGUGUGAUAAUUGUUUUAGAAUUUAUUGUAAUUUAUGCAUAGGCAUGAUCUGAAUGCAAAGUGUAUAACUGUAUAACUUCAUUACCAGCAGCGGAUGUAGAUAGAGCUGAUGGUGGGGUUGAUACUACUUUCGGAAGGAGGCAGGGGCAGAUCAGGGAGGUUCUUAACCCCCCUCUCUCCGACCUUCCCCCCUCCCUGGCCAUUUGCAAUUUCUUAGCUUAUUAAGGCCAGAGUGUAAAAUUAAAAUUUCCGUGUUCUUCGAAUCAACGUUUUUUUUUUUUUAACUCCAAUUCAUUUAUUUUCUGAUUGUCUGACAACAGCCAGCACUUAGUUCAGUUUUUUUGUGAUGAAAUAGCUGGGAUCAGCCUGUUUUUAUAUUAAUCGGACUUAAUUUUGUGUUUCAUUUUUUCUACCAGACCUGCAUUUGUGCCAAUCGCAUCUUAGUUCAGGACAAAAUUUACGAUGAAUUUGCAUCUAAGUUUGCUGCGGCAGUUGAUGAACAACUGAAAGUUGGAAAUGGAAUGGAUGCAUCAUCAACGCAAGGACCACUUAUAAACGAGAAAGCUGUGGAGAAGGUAGUGUCAAGUAUUAAGCGACUGAUUGAUGCGUCAGCCGUGCUUUCAUCGAGAUAUCAAGCACGUGCGAGGUUAAGAGAGCACCACAGAUGUGCUAGAAUUUCCUGAGGUGUAGAUGAGAGCGGAUCUAAGUUGUUGAGUGCCUUCCAAACUUCCCAAUACCUUCAAAUCUACAGAGAUGAACGCAUACCUUAGGCAUUAUUCAAUUGUUUCCUGACGUUUUGAACACGUCGGUUUUCUAGUAAACCUUAAUUUGUAUAAAACACAUUGAAACUAAACUGCCGUUGUUGGUGUUCUUUUGGAAUAUCGUGUUGUUUCACUGAUAAACACUUUACAGAAUUUAGCAUUAGCUAAUUAAAAUUUACUUAACAGAAACCCGAGUGAGUUCUUGAGAUAGGUUUUUGAAGAGAUUUUGAUUUUGACUGGCUUCAGUUACGCAUCUGAUUGGUCCAGAGGGCGGUGUGAGUUUCUGAACGAAUCAUGGAGCGAAGUGGAGCAAAACCAAUACAAUCCCAAGUUACUUUCGACAACUAAUUGAAAAUUUUCAUAGAAAAGACUACUAAACAUGCACUCAUUACUCCACUCUUAGGUUGAAAGUCACGUAAAGGAUGCUUUGUCCAAAGGCGCCAAAUGUCUAAGAGGAGGUCAGCGGCAUGAACUUGGAGGUAACUUCUACCAGCCAACUGUCCUGUCGGACGUCACACGUGAUAUGAUCAUCUGUAGUCAAGAGACCUUCGGGCCUGUGGCUCCUCUCAUAAGGUGUUUAAAGUAUUUGUAUUUUUGUAGAAACCUUUCACCUGGUUCGAAAAUCUUAGACUGCGUUACUUGAUUCUGAAUUGUCGACAAUUCAGCAUUACAGGUUUCGUUCUAUUCCAUCCUGAUCUAACUUAAGGUUACAAAAAUCGCUACAUUUUUAGCCAAGGAAAUUCACGCCCAGAUACGUAAUUCCACGUGGGAUUCAACGCUUUCAAACGUUCCACAACGAUUCGUGGGCACUAAUUUCUAAUCGGAAGUGGGUUUACUUGACGAUCAUGCUGCUAUGUUCUUACGCGCUCAAAUUAGAUUUAUUUCUGUGCACAGAACUAAUUUGGUUAUCCAAAGCCUCUUCCUGUAACAUUUUACUUUAACGGUAGAAAUAUUCUGCUAUAACGGUAACCAAAUUACACAUUACUUGAUACACAAUUAAAACUAUAAUUGAAAGGGAAUCAAUUUUGAGCGUAGAAACUGAACGCAUCCCGACAAUUGAGAUUAAGAUUGCUCUUAAGUAAAAUUAUAGAGUUAAUGAUCUGAUCUGGAUGAUUUCUUAGGUUCAAAACCGAAGAGGAGGCCGUGGCAAUAGCUAACGAUACCUCAUCAGGAUUAGCAGGUGACUUUGAAUUUAACUUACGUAGUUUAUACCAAUGCAUACAUAAGCGCUUGAGUCCAGCCUGAGCACAAUUUCAGUUGUAGAAUACGUGUUCUCUGCAAUAAAAUGAUUAGCUGUAUUGCCUUAAACAAUUUUUUAAAAAAAUUUUCCAAAAAACUAAACUAGUUAGCAGCACUUUGCGAAGAGCAGUCGUAAAACUUCUUUAUUCUCCAACUCAUUUUGUCUAACUGUCGUAAACUUCUUCAGGGAGUUUUACAAGUUAACACUAAACGCCUGUAUUUAUAAGCCAUAGUUAGCAGCUAUUACGAAGGCCAUUGACCAUGUAGGCUUGGCCGGACUUACAAACAGGAACAGUCCGGGUUGUGAAAAAUUUUGCAACUUUUUAGUGGGCAAGGUGAGAAAAAUAUUUCGGGGGCCCCCGUUUUUAGCUAAAAACUAGUUAAGUUUUUAAGAAAUUAUGUGAGUUUUAGCUAACAUAUGCGGCAGACCUUUGCAUAGUAUGUCGGCUCAAGGAAGGCUCUAUGAAUCUAUUACAGUGUUCAGUGCGUUCGUAAUCGAUUUGGAACAAUGCAUUGUUAUGCAGUUUUUGAACCAGUCCGACAACAUGAUUUCGUUGUGUGCAAUCCUAAAGGAAGAUCUGUGGUAAGAUCGCAAAGCUGAAUAUUUUGCCAGGGUGAGGUGGGCGGAGGGUGAAUGAAAGGGGGCAAUGACUCCUUCAAAAUUUUUUACUGGAGGCUACAGCCCCUGUUCCUUCUUCCCCUGCUUCACCGCCUUUGUCUGAGGAAAACGUUUUUCUAAUUUUUUUUCCAUCCUAGGAUACUUUUACUCCCAAGACGUGAGCCAAAUCUGGCGCGUGGCUGAGGCCAUGGAAGUGGGUAUGGUAGGGGUAAACGAAGGAAUCAUUUCAUCAGAGAUUGCACCUUUCGGUGGCUGGAAGCAGUCCGGGUUAGGGCGAGAAGGUUCAAAGUAUGGAAUUGAGGAAUAUCUCGAGAUCAAGUAUAUCUGUUUGGGAGGCAUCACUAAUUCAUGA